AUGAAAUACGUCUCGAUCGCCAACAUUGGGGACGAAGUGUUGAUUCUGCAUCAGGACCAACGGAUCGGGAUCUGGCUGGUAGGAGACCAUGUGCCGCGAACACCAGGUUUCAUAUCGAUCGGCUCUCGCCGCUAUAUGGAGUGGCAGAAUCUGGCGCUGGAAGCCACGACGGACACCCCAUCCGAAGAAGUGGAGGCCGAGAAUCCGCCGAUACCCGCGGUGGAGCGGCCCGAGUAUGAAACUCCACGCACAAUACUCCAAAGACCAAGGACAACGUUGAUCCAGCACCGGGAAGUCGAGGCGAGUCAGGAUCAAGACAUUUCUGACUGCUUAUUUUCCGACGAGACGCCGUCGGACAAGUCGCCGUCGGACGAGUCGCCGUCGGACAAGCGACCGCUGGAUCUAGCUUCUGUCGCAAGCGAAGAGUCGGAUCUAUCGUUUAUCGCUGACGAAGACCCCCUGUCGCGCGGGGUAGUGGUCAAGGAGGCGCUAGAAAGCCUCGAUCAAGCGACAUCGGACAUAUGGGCAACCGAUCCGCUGGAAGGGGAACCCACAGACAAGGAAAGAGCAGGAGAAGAGGGUGACCGAGACGUGGUGGAGAAUGUCAGCCUGGAUCAACCACAUUCCAAGGAUCAAGAUCAAGAGAUAUCGCCGGCAGAAUGUGGUGGAUCAGAUCUGCCAACAAUGAUGAGUGUACAGCCUCGGACAGGACACGCGACUCGUGAUCCAUUUCCAUUGGGUGAUGAGUGUACCACAUCUAUAUCGCCGAAAGCGGACAUGGAUCCAUCACCUGCUGUGGAAGAUCAACCAGACACAUCGAAUCUGGAUCUUACCUGGGACUCAGAUCAAGAUUAUGAUGAAUGUGUGUAUUACCAUGAAGGAAGCGAUUUAUACGCCGAAGAUGUCGAUGGUGAGAUGGCGGUGCUGCCCGAGGUGCCUGGAAGAUUCAAACUCCAGAAGAGAUCGAGCGACUUCGCCAAAAGAUUUGGAAGAAAUGCCCUCCCGCCGGCCGCUAGAGGCGUAGUGUGCGAUAUCGACGUCGGAGGUGCGAGACCGAUCGCCCUCAAGUGCCGUAGGUUGCGGAUCCAGUUCAGGGAGAAGCUAGCGGAUCUGAUCAAGGGUCUACUGUCCGCCAAAAUGAUCAACUACUCCAGAUCACCAUUGGCUUCCCCCAUUGUGGUGAUCAUAAAGAAGAAUGGAGUGGAUAUCAGGUUGUGUAUCGAUUAUCGGCUGGUUAACAGCUUAACUCAGCUGAUGAUCCACCCAAUGCCCUUGAUCAACGACCUACUUGAAGAUCUGGAGGCGACACUUGGUACUUAUUUGAGUGGAAUCGAAUGGACUUUUGGCCUGAAGAAUGCGCCCCAGAUCUAUCAACGCAUGAUCGAUAAUGCGCUGUAUGGGUUCACCCGGAUCCCGAAGUAUGAAGAUCACGGAAGUAUGACGGAUGUGUUUGAAGACGGAGAACCAGUGGAUCCAGGCGAACCUUCGGUGUUGGGUCGCAGAUCAUAUAUCGAUGACAUCCUG